AUUCGCCUUUGUUUCCAUCGUCGCCGUCGCCGCUGCCGCUGCUGCUGCCACGCUGCCUGUCCUCAUCGUCCUCCGGUGUUUGCGUUUCGCGGAAAACGAUGUCCUACGUAGCCGCGAGCCGCGCGUUCCACGGGAAUGUUUACUUCGCUCGUCGGCACGUCGGCUGUUGAGACCGGCGCAAAGAAGGUUUGAACGCAAUCGCGAUCUUCCCCGCCGUCAGCGGACCUAACCUGCAAAGGACCGCGAGGUCCCACUCUCGAAACUCUGCGAAUUCGUCUGCGGGCAUCCGUGGGAUCGUCGUCUCGCCAUCGAGCGGAUCGAGCUUCCCGGUUUUACCUUCGUUGCCCGAGAUCCAUUCACGGACGAUUCGAGAUCGCGCGAGGAGAUCACCGCGAAGGAUGGCCGGCAACAACGAGCUCUGGGUGCAGUGCUUCACGUGUUGUCUGACGCCGCGAGCGACGCGGAGCAACAGGCGGAACGGCGGCAGACCGCACCAGAGGCUCAGGAUAGACCGGAGCAUGAUCGGCGUGCCCACGAACUUCAGGCACACGGCGCACAUCAGCAGCGGCGACAUCGACAUGUCGAUCGCCCAGUUGGCCGAUCUCCAGGCACAGAUGCAGAGGAAGAGCGGUUUCGACAGUGACUACAGCGCCAAGGCAUGCUGAGAGCUUUAUCUAUCUCGCAGGGGAAUAUUUAAUACGACAAAGUGAAAGCUUUACAACACAAUAGAAUGAUGACUGAUGUUUUUCUUUUUGAUAUCCAUGUUCCUUGCUCGCCUAAUGGACGAGUGCAUUUCUUCUAUACGAACAAGAUUGCAUUUUAUACAACGAUCUAUUAGAAAAUUAAGAGACAAAUCUGCGUUUUCCAUUCAACGAGAAACUGCCAGAAAUGAUCAUAUAUACAUUUACAACGUACAGAUAGUUGUUUAUGAUUUUACUUCCAUGUUUUUUGACUGGAAUGUGCAUUGCAUUUAAAAAUAUUGAAUGUUUUAUAAAACUAUGUGCCUGUUGACACUCCAUAAGGAGAAAGUAUGUGUACAAGAACAAAGCACAAAUCACUUUAUUCGUAAGGUUAAUGAUAAGAUUUAGAUAUAACGUAAAUGUGUAAUUAAUAUAUAAGUAAUCGUAUCACAUAAUAUCACAUGAUAAUAUAAUUCUGUACACGUAAUUCUUAUCCUAUUGUCGAAUAUUGUUCGCGCAUUAAUAAUUAAUACAAGAGAGCAUUGACGAUAUUUAUAUUUGAAAA